AUGGAACAGCCUUCGCGAAUAGAAUAUCUGAAAAGAGGCGCACUAAUGGGUGGUGCUGUUGGUGUCUGUCUUGGUUUUGCGUUUGGCACAUAUCAUAUCCUCCGAUUUGGUCCAAGUCAAGGAGGCUACCUCUCUACACUCAGUCGAUAUAUGAUCUCUUCUGCAGGUUCUUUUGCAUUAUUUAUGGGAAUCGGAUCUUUUAUUCGAUCCGAGCCGUCUAAAAAUAUGAUGCUAAAGCAAUAUCUAGAACAGCAUCGUUCACAUGGCUUUGCAAAUCUUCCAGUUGAGGUUCUAGAAAGAAAGAGAUGGGAUCGAAAAUUUUAG